UUUGGAAGUGAAGUGACCAAACGGGGUGGUGUGGUAUCCUGGCGAAAGGAUAUUGUUUCGUUUAAUCGUGCAAUAAUGAACAGGCUUCCCGCUAACAUCGUUUCAAUUUAAAACAUUGGGUCCCUAGCGGGAUGGAUGAGGGGUUACUCAACGAUCUACUAGAGUGCUCCGUGUGCCUGGAGCGGCUGGACACCUCCUCCAGGGUCCUGCCGUGCCAGCACACAUUCUGUCUCAAGUGUCUAAAGGUCAUAGUAGAGUCGCACAAAGAGCUAAGAUGUCCGGAAUGCAGAAUCCUGGUCGACGUGAAGGUGGAGGAGCUACCGCCCAACGUGCUCCUCAUGAGGAUCCUCGAGGGCAUGAAGAAUGCGCCCCGGAAGAGUGGUCCCAGCCAGCGGGGUCAGCGAGCUGGACAUUUGCAGACUCAAAUUCAGCAAGGUGGUCAAGUGGCCCGCACUGACGGCAAGCAACUUCCUCCACACGGUCGCGCUAUAUACGACUUUAUAUCAAAGGAGCCAGGUGACCUCUCGUUCAAGAAAGGGGAGACGAUACUAUUGCAGAAGAAAUUGGACGCGUUCUGGUAUCAGGGCGAAUCAUCAGGCAGGACGGGAAUGUUUCCUAUCACUUAUGUCCAGGUUGUAAUACCACUACCCGUUCCUACAGCGCUAUGUAAAGCGUUGUACGACUUCCGCAUGUCUGCACCUGACGAGGAGGGUUGUCUUGCUUUUGACAAAGGUGCAAUAAUAACGGUGCAUCGUCGCGUCGACGAGAACUGGGCCGAGGGCAAGUUGGAGCAGCGCGUCGGAAUAUUCCCUAUAGCAUUUGUAGAACUCAACCAGCCGGCCAGGCAACUCAUGAACAGCACGCCAUUGAAUCGUCCCGUACCGCCGCUGCCGGAGCACACUAGAGCUGGCCACUCGGACCACCGACAUCAUACGCAGCAUUCACAUCGCUACCAGCAAAUGUCAAUGUCUACUCCAUUAACUGCACAAGGAAAUUACCAGAAUAUGGCGACUAUGAGCCAAUCACAUCCAAACUAUGGGCAGCCUUUACCAUCACAAAUCCUAAUUCCUCAGCCCGUGAACCAGCAAAUAACCGUCUCCCAUGGAGGACUGGUUACAACAACAGCGGUACCGAGAAAUAUAGUUGAGCCUACUCAAACUAAACACACGUUAGACCUAAUCCAUUUUAAUAAUAUGCAUAUAAAAAACCAAGGUACGAUGGGCCUACAAAGCGUAUCACGAAUACCGGAGAGUUACGACAGAUUGAGAGUCAAAUACGACAGUUACAAUGCCACUCCGGUGCCCAAAAUGGAGACGACGUAUCAAAAUGUUCGGACACAUGAACACUUUCCAGUCUCGGUGGCUAACUUCAAUGCCAAUAACCUCAGUUCGGACUCGAGUUCCAGCAUGAACACGCCUUCACUCGGGGUCAGUUCGACCACCACUCCUAAUACCAGUUCGUGUGAAAGCGCCGAACCCAGUCUGCCGAGUUCGCCCGAUAACAACACCGAACCUAACCCCACAGUGGUAGCUUCCAACCAAGAAGAAACAAACGAGCAAGAAUCACUGAACACUUCAAUGGGAGUGCUCAGCUUGAAUGAGAGCUCUACCGCUACUAAUACAUCACUUAAUGUCAGUUUACCAUCAGAGAGUCCUAAAUUGAAUGUUUCUGCUGCGAGUAGUUCAUCGCAAAAUCAAGGCGAGAGUCAAGAGAUUGCAAUCAAUAAUGAGCCGUCAAGACUUGAUACGCCUUCGUCGUCGAAGAACGUUUUACGGUCGAGCGGUCCGGAUUCGUUGUUAACGUUUGGAUUAGGACUUCAGGCAGCGCUGUCGCCGUCACACGCAAAAGACGGGGGUUAUAUGGUGCCGAGGAGUCACAGGGAUCAUCAUCACAAUAGAGAUAAGAGGCACAGUCUGACUCCGUCCUCACAUUUACAGGGAAAUCACACUCAAAAUCGGCACUCAGCCGAAAUCCUAGCCACUAGUUUACUAGACCACGCACCGGAGCGAGAACGAUCCAGGCCAGAGAGAGAACGAGACAAGCCUGAACGGGAUCGAGACAGGCCUGAGAGGGAACGAGACAGGCCUGAGAGAGAUCGAGAUAGACCUGAGAGAGAGCGGGAGAGACGACGGCGCCGCUCUCGUAGCGACGAGCGGCCGUUGCCGGCUCCAUACAUCGCUCUCUAUCCUUACAAACCACAAAAAUCGGACGAGCUCGAGUUGAAGAAAGGAGCCGUGUACAUGGUGACGGAGCGAUGCCGCGACGGCUGGUACAAGGGCACGUCGGAGAGGUCGCAGCGCGGGGGCGUGUUCCCCGGGAACUACGUCGCCCCCGCGCCCCUCCCCGCCGCCGCCGCCGCCCCCACCCCCACCCCCACCCCCGCGCCCUCUGCCGCGCCCACCGCCGCCACGCACUCCACCCGCACCAAGCACGAUAAGAGCGGAGUAGGGUCCGCGGGGAGCAAGCAGUCGCCGGCCGGGCCCCCGCCCGCCGCGCCGCCCCGCGCCCCCAGCCCCCUCACGCUCGGCCAGUCCCUACACGCGCAACCACUAACGUAUCAGUGGAGUCCGCAGUCUCAGCAACAACAAAUCACUCCUAGAUCUGAAAAGUCAAAAGAAAAAUCAAAAGCAGAAAAGUCAUCUAUAUCCACCGGCGUUAGUCUAAUGAAGCGAUUGGCUGCUAUGAAGAAGUGUAAAUCUCCCCCACCAGUCGGUUACAGCAUGGAUAAUCCUGUGUUUGAAGACGGGCCGGGCACUUCGCUCAUGCUCAACUUGGCUGCGCAGCAUCACCCUGUACAUGUCAGGUCGGGCUCGUGCCCGUCGCAGCUGCUGCGCGCGCUGCCGGCCAGCGAGCGGCUGCGGCACAAGGAGAGGCCCGCGCUGGCCGCCGUCCUCCACGACCAUCACCACCAUCUACGUGCGAGCGAUGGUCCAUGGCAGUCGCAACAUCGCAAGUCGCAAUCACUCGACGUGACGGCGACGCGACGUGACCGUGAGCGUGACCGUCAUCACUCGCAGCUAGUGAAAGAGAGAUUUCGGUGCAUCGUUCCCUACCCACCAAACUCGGAAUACGAACUCGAAUUAAAAGUGGACGAUAUCGUGAUAGUAUCGAAGAAGCGUGGCGAUGGCUGGUACAAGGGCACGCUUCAAAGAACUGGCCGCACCGGACUCUUUCCGGCCUCUUUUGUACAGAGUUGCCCGCAGGAAUGACAAAGGCCCACUCCCUCCAGGUUUGGGACUCUGUUCUAGCGCCGAUUAAUGAUCCUAAACGUACGGGGGACAAUUAUGCAAUUGUUAUACGCUCAAUUUUUCUCAAAGCAAUAAACCCCUUUUUGUUUGUAACCUUUCAGAUAACCUAUCUGACAUGAAUAAUAUUUAAAAAAAAAAUCAAUUUUAUUUUUAACAAUGACGAUUUUCAAAGUUAGAAACUUGAAACUUAUCUUUAAGA